AUCAACACUAUUCCAGAAAGUACCUGGAUACACUUUGCAUGGAUAUACAAUGGACAGUAUAAAUGUGAAAAGUUUGGGAAAGUGUGGAGAAUCAUGCACUACAAAUUCUGCCUGUUUCUCAUUUAAUUUUGAGCUGGGAGCAAAACAAAAGAUGUCUCUAUGUGACCUGGUGUUCUGUUCUUCGGAUGUUAACAAUUCUGCAUUAGCGCCAAACACAACCAUGACCUAUUACAAACAUAUUUCUGAAGAAGCUACUGUAGCAACAUCACCAGCUAUCCCACUGUGUAAUGGCUGUGUGCAUGCUCCCUGCCAAAAUGGUGGUACAUGUACUCCUACUGGGCCUUUUGACUUCACAUGUCAAUGUAUGCAAGGUUUCUCUGGAGCAACAUGUGAGCAAAGAGAUGGGGACUGCGGUGGAGAUCCUACAUACACUGGAGUUCGAAGAAUCCAAACAGAUGAAGGGAGAAUCUUUGAUGCUUACUGUGACCAAGGGUGGACUUAUGUAUUCAACAGGUUUGACGGAAGUGUAGACUUCUACCGCAACUGGGUUGAAUUUCAGCAAGGUUUUGGUAAUGUCAGCCUUGAACACUUCAUCGGACUUGACAACCUUGUCAGUGUCCUGAAGCAAAGGAGUUAUAAAGUUCGAUUUGACUUAACACCAUGGCCAUCUAGCAAUCUUAACCCACCUACUGGAUUUGCUGAGUAUUCCACAUUUAACCUGGCUGAUGAGAGUGAUAAAUACCGUAUUAAUAUCGGUGGGUAUUCUGGAACAGCAGGAGACGCGAUGGCAUCUCAAAAUGGACAGCGAUUCACAACAUACGAUCAAGACAAUGACCCCUAUGGUAGCAAUUGUGCUGUAACAUUUAAAGGGGCGUGGUGGCAUGCAGCUUGUCAUAACUCAAACCUGUUUGCGACAUACGAGCAAGGACCAACUUGUCAUGCAUUUGCUGCAUGUGUUUGCUGGAAGAAUUAUCCAGGUGCUGGCCAUGGGUAUUCAUUCAAUAGGGCAGUAAUGAAGUUACAUCGUGUUUAGAAC